AUGGAUGUGCAUACUAUUACCAACCAGCAAGUUGAUGGUUGGUACACCGACACACAGCUAUACUGUACACAUUGAUGUCCUAUAGUUUAAUUUAACCUUGUGUCCGUCCCCUCCCUCCUAUUUAUCCCUGCAGCUGUCCACUGCAACCUGAGCCAGAAUGGGAUCGACCACCAGAUGAUGUGCCCGGACGACGUGACCUCACACCUGGAGGAGCCCCUUGACCAAGGUGCCAUGCUGGACGACGACAGCCCCACCUGUCAGGACGUGAGCCCCGGGUACCAGCACCGCUCGCCGCCCCAGCGCUCCGUCUCUGAGUCAGAACUCUCACGGGUAAGAACAGGGGGACUUCAAUGCAGCCUUUAUCAACCCAGUCCUCGGGACCCAAUAGUCAUUCCAUAUAUUUGAUGUAUCGUAAACCCAGCACAACUGAUUCUAAUUAAAAGCAGCUUGCUGAUUAGUUGACUAGUUUCAGGAGUGCAUGGUGUUGGAGCAAAUAGAUGGUACAGCUGGUGUGUCCCAAGGACUGGGUUGAGAAGGUCUGCUCUAACGAAUGUCAGGAUAGGUACCAGGCUGGGGUGACCACUCAUACCAUAAUUAUUGGUCUGUAAUAGAUUUGUAGGUUGAUUUUGGGAUAUUAGUAACAGGUCCCAUCCUUUGCUGUACCCUUGCACAUUUUUAGGGACUUUCAGAAAUGUAAUUCUAACAGACAAUUUGAAUUCAGUAAUUACUUCCUUACUACACUCUUUCUGGCACCUAACCAUUGCUUGAGCAAUCGAGGAACUUUUCAAAUGAACUCUUUCGACAGCCCUUAAUUAAUGUUUCCUGAGAACGACUUAUUUAGAUUAAAGGUUGUUGUCAGUGAAGAUUUGCUUUUAUUUCCUCUCCAAAAAUAGCAUCCUGUCGAGACGACGGACCUGACAUAUCUUCCUCUUUCCACCGCUGUCUCUAAAGGGAGAUGAGAAAGAAAAAUGACAGAUAAUUAUCUGGCUGACUGGAACUGCUUUCACCCAGACAAUGUCCUCCAAGAAGCUCCACGUAGCUACGCCUUUGACGAAAAACUAGGAUGCUUUUUAGAGUCACCCUGCAUGGUACAUGCCUUCUAUGUUCCUACAGUAGAAGAGGAAGCGUGAUAAACCACCAUGUUAGUUCAUUUGAAAAAUGAAUGUCAUCACUGCAUGGAAUCCUCAUUAGAAAGCAGUGGGAGUUCUGUUACCUCACUUCAUAGGGCAUCAGUCAACUCUUCACAUAUUUAAUAAAGAGCAUGAAGUAGGACGUCUUAAUCACAAACUGUAUUUUCAACCAUGCACAUUGUACAGUAUCCGUCAUUUGAGUUAAUGACUUCGAUACCCUUUUCACACUACUGAGCCAAACCAACCCGAGCCAAGCUGUAGUGCUCUGGCCAGGCUACACAUACCUCUAGUUGCUGGAACAUGUUUGAAAAUGUCAGAGCCAGCACAGUAAGGUGCAGUUCAGCCAAUAGGAAAACUCUGUGGCUAAGCAACAGCAUCGACUGAAAGCAUGACCUGGUAGAGCAUGGUGCUUGCGAUGCCAGGAUAGUGGGUUCGAUUCCCGGGAUCACCCAUCCGUAAAAUGUAUGCACCCAUGACUUUAAGCUGCUUUGGAUAAAAGCGUCUGCUAAAUGGCAUGUAUUAUAUAUAAAAAAUGUUGUUUUUAUCGCACUGCUUUGCUUUAUCUUGGCCAGGUCACAGUUGUAAAUGAGAACUUGUUCUCAACUGGCUUACCUGGUUAAAUAAAGGUGAAAUAAAAAUAAAUAAAUGCAACAAUUUCAACGAUUUUACUGAGUUACAGUUCAUAUAAGGAAAUCAGUCAAUUGAAAUAAAUUCAUUAGGCCCUAAUCUAUAGAUUUCACGACUGGGCAGGGGCGCAGCCAUGGGUGGGCCUGGGAGGGCAUAGGCCCACCCACUGGGGAGCCAGGCCCAGCCAAUCAGAAUGAGUUUUUCACCACAAAAGGGCUUUAUGACAGACAGAAAUAUGUGGAGGGCUGGCUUGGUUACACGUGGUCUGCGGUUGUGAGGCCGGUUGGACGAACUGCCAAAUUCUCUAAAAUGACGUUGAAGGCGGCUUAUGGUAGAGAAAUUAACAUUACAUUCUCUGCCAACAGGUCUGGUGGACAUUUCUGCAGUCAGCAUGCCAAUUGCAUGGUCCCUCAAAACUUGAGACAUCUGUGGCAUUGUGUUGUGACAAAACGGCACAUUUUAGUGGCUUUUUAUUGUCCCCAGCACAAGGUGCACCUAUGUAACGAUCAUGCUGUUUAAUCUGCUUCUUGAUAUGCCACAGCUGUCAGGUGGAUGGAUUAUCUUGGCAAAGGAGACAUGUUCACUAACAGGGAUGUAAAUACAUUUGUGUGCAAAGUUUGAGCGAAAUAAGCUUUUUGUGCGAAUGGAAAAUGUCUGGGAUCUUUUAUUUCAGCUCAUGAAACAUGGGACCAACACUUUACAUGUUGCGUUUUAUAUUUUUGUUCAGUGUGUGUGUAUAUAUUAUAAUUGAAAAUCAACAAACCUUACACAUAAUCAAUAUCAUGCCCAAAGCAAUAUAUUACUUUGUGUACACACUCACCAACUCUUAUUGCCCUGCUUCAUAAAACACCGAUAUUGACUCCCAAGGUCAGGGAAUUAAAAGCCAGCGUUGUGUAUGUUCUUUCUUUGAUGUGGCCCCAAAUAAAGUCUGUCUCCACACUGCUUGUAAAUCCAAUUUCAACCCGGAGGCGUCUUUAAAACUGUUAUUAAUUUACUUAGCAUAGCGUGUUAUUUCUCCCUUGCUGCCCGGCCUGCCUUAUUCCUGCAACGUAACGGAAUAAUUAGCGAUGUGUGUGAGAGAGAGAGACUGGGGCUCAAUGUCUCAAAUACCCACUUACUUGGUCAGCGUGACGCUAAUGGAUAUUCCCACUCAUCACUAAGGAAAUAUUGUACUGUAUCAUUGGAAUUAUGCGGUGUGGUCAUUUAUUCACUAGAUGGCGCUGUAUGUUUGAGAAUGCCAGAGCUGUAUACUGCCCUACCAAGCAAAAGAGCAGUAACUGAGAAAAACGACUUCAAAGUUGUUGUUUUUUUGUCCAGCCAAAUGAAUUGUAGGCAAAUCAUUAGAGAUGUGGUUAAUUGUUGUCUUACUAUGAGGUUUAUUCAUAUUGACCCUGACCUCUGACAUUACCUUUGACCCUAGACUGCAGUUACUGCCGCCCCUUGCUUGGUACACCCACUGGUUUCCAUGACAUUCUUUUUUUGACACACACUUGUGUUAAUAUAUUUAUUUGUAUGUGGCUGUCAGUGUCAUAAACCGUAGACACUGCAGCCCAAAGCUCAGUGAAACAAGGUAAAAGGCAGUAACUGAUGUUAGUGAUGGCAGUUAGUGCCUUUUUUUACCUGGUUUCACUAACAUUUUGACCCCCCCUCAAACAUGACCCCACACAUUUUGUCCACAACACAAUGGAGCCAGGCUAUUUGUCCACAUGAUAAAGCAUGUAUUUAAUGUAUAAAAAAUUUCUAACUCAUUUUUGACCAAAUGCACAGUUACUGCUCUUUUGCUUGGUAGGGCAGUAUAGUGUACUAACUAGGCUAUACAUGGUGGUGGCGCUACGCCAACACUACGAGAACUCCUAAAAUGCCUUUACAUUGUUGUAAUAAUGGUGUUACUUUAAAUGAAUAUAAGUAAUUCAUUAACUACCUGUAAUGCUUUUAGUAUCAAUAUCAAGUAUCCUAUUAAUUACACCUGGUAGUAGUCAGUGUUUGUUGCUGUGGGUGUAUGUUUUAAUUUUAAUGGCUUUGUGAGUUGAAAUUCUAAAUUUUUUGUGUUUAUGUUUUGAAGUUGUCCUUGCUCUGUUGCUAAGGUAACAUCAUGAGAAAUACCUGAACUGCAUAGUGCAUUUUAAUUAUGGCAAGGACAGAUUUGACUGUGUGUGUGGUGUUUGCGAGCGUGUGCGCACAGACAUAUUCUCAAUUUCUCACUUAGAAAUGAAGCUAGCUUUUUCUCGCUCCGCACAGCAGCGCUGUCACUCAAAUCUCUAAUUGGCUCAGUCUCAAAUGCAUUUCUGUGGAUGAUUCCCCCUUUUCUUCCUUUUCCUUUCCUCUCUUUCUCUCUUUCUCUCUCUCUCUCUCUCUUUUCUCUCUCUCUCUCUCUCUAUGCGUUCCAUGGCUGGCAAGCAUAGCCUCACACAAUGUUAAAGUCCCAGAAACACUGCUCUGUGCUACAUUACAGUACUAUGUAAUAUUGACUCAGGAACUGUUGCAGUUCCCUCUCCAACCCCACCGAGCUCACCCUGUGCAGUGCACCCUAAUACACACUCACCCCUGAGCAGUAGUGAGCAAAGCCAAGCCUCUCUCUGACUUCAUCCCUCUCUCCCGAUCCUCUUUCCAGCCCUGUCCCUUAUCUCUUUAACUAUCUCGCUCUCUGUCACACACACACACACAGACUUAUAUACACACACACACACACACACGCCCCUUCUCGCUCUCUUUCUCUCUCUCCCCAUUACUCCCUACUGGCUCAUCAUGGUAGUGUUUCUGGCUAAGCCAUCCAGAGCUACACUAACUCCUUCCCCUUCAUGCACUGUACUGCAUCAUACGCCGCAGGCUGCUAGUCAGGGUUAAUUAGUGUUGAGCUGAGCUGAGCUGUAUGUAAUGGUUAACGUGGGUUUUUGUUGCAACGCCAUCCUCCCCUCAGCGGAGGUCUCCCAUCUCUUCCCUCCCUGCAGAUUCAGCAUCUAUGUGGCCUGCCAAAGCAGUCACGCUGGUCGUCAUAGUCUGCACUCUGACUAUGCUUGGCACGGGAAGAAUGACUGUGUUCCCUGGUGGUGCUCUCUAUCUAUCUCGCUCCCGGUCUCUGUCUCUCUCUAGUCAGUCAGGUACAGACAGACAGGGGAAUGCUGUGGGUACUGUGUUGUUAUGCUAGCCUAGAUGGAGGCAUGUUCUAUUGCUAUGCCGCACCACACAGUACCCUAUGCGAGCCACCACUGAGCUGCUGACUGGAGUGGGAGGGAGAUGGGAGGAAGGGGGUGGAUCUGUAAUUUGUACCACCUUUCGGUGGGUAAUUUUAGUAGCCCCUCAAUCAAAAGGAAGCGAUGCCAGCACUUUAGCUAUGAUGGCGGUUGUUAAGCGGGACGCAGGCUGAAUGCCUGAGGGAUUAGGCAACAUAUUAACUAUCACCCUGGCUGCAUGUUGUUGUCGGGUCAAAUUAUCUACAGUAUGUCCUCUUUGGUCUGAGAAAUAGUACUGUACCAUGAUUCCAUUAGUGCUGUCUAACAUGCGUAUCUGCUUAUUACCAUAUAUCUGUAGACAUUGCUAUAUCAUUGGUACUGGCAUGUACUAUGUAAUUUCUAACCCUAGGCCUACUUAUAGUGUAUACGCUAGCAACUCUUGUGUAUUGCUGUCUAUUACUGACAUGCAGAUCAUCCAUCAGGAUGAUACAAAUGGCCCUUACUUUUAUCUGCAUUGGUUGAUAUUGUAUUGUUUGUGUAUGCACUGUAUAGGUACAGGCUGUCUUGUGUGUUAGUGGUUACUGGUAUAGUGUAUUACUGCGUAGUGUAUGUUAGUACUGCAUAUGCCAUCUAUUUUGGACCUAUAAUUGAUCUGUUUUCUUUCCCCUCCAUGCAGCCGGGGAACGUAAAGCUGUCCAAGCCGGUGGCCCUGUGGACCCAGCAAGACGUAUGCAAAUGGCUGAAGAAGCACUGCCCCAAGCAGCACCAGAUCUACAGCGACUCCUUCAAGCAGCAUGACAUCACAGGUGCGCCGGCCACAGCCCGAGUAUCUGUCGUCACGGUUACCGUUGUUGUCAUGUCAAUCUUCCCCCUAACGAGCCCCUCGGCAAGGUCACACCCGCCCACCCGCUAA